AUGGGCUGCUGCUUCAGUAGUAGUAUCACCAAAAAGGAAGAGUCUCUCGCUAAGGGGAAGCCGGCUGCGGCUUCUGCCACAGUCCAUCGCAACCCGGUGGUGCAGAGGGAUUCACGGCCGCCAGAGACCGAAGCAAAGGAGACGGUGAAAGAAGUCCUCUUGGAGACGUCCAGGCCGCGGUCGACCCCGCCAUUACCAACCACCAGGACGAGCGCAUGUGAAGAUGCCAACUCCAAGGAGGUCGAGAUAAUCGAAAAGGGUUACGCCACUGGUGUUCCUCUCAACGGCAUUGCUCCCCUCUCGAUCGACAGCAGCAACGGCUGUGACUCCAUAUCCGAGGACGCAUCUGAGGCCUGGAGCGUCAGCGCGAAGAGCGAGACCCUCUCGGCCUCCGCCACCAAGGCGGAGAGGCGACGAGGAGCUGUGGCAGAGGCAGGGAUGAGGGCGACGAGGGAGGAGCGCUCGCCGGCGAAGUACCAAAGGAAGCGCUCCGUCUCUGGAGAUUUCGCUUGCAGGAGGGACCGGAGCGUUGCCGUCGGCUGCGGCAGCGGGAGAUCCUCAUUCUCGCCUGCGGGAAGAAGGUCGGAGUACGCCGCCGUCGCCCGGACGAACUCCGCCAGAGAGUUUUCGAGCAGCCGAGCUUCCAGACCCGGGGCCACACGAGACCUGGGGGAGAGAUCCGGCAGGCGGUCGGUGUCCCCGGUUAUGAAGCGGGCGGCGGAGCUUGGGCAGAGAGGGGGACAAUGCAGGGCGCCGGGAGCGUCUGCGGUGAGGGCAAACGGGACGAAGCAGCAGAUGCCUGGGGACGAGGGAGAAAAGAAGUUAUGCGUAAAAGACGAGGGCAUAGUGGGCGGCGAGGCCGCGGGAUCUGCAGGGGAAGCGAAGGAGUCGCUGGAGAACCCCCUCGUCUCCCUGGAGUGCUUCAUCUUCCUCUAA